GCGGAACGCGGCGGCGGCGCCCGUUUCCUCCGUCGCGUCUCGACGGCUGCGGCGGCCGCGGCCGGGCUCGCCGGUGGCCGGGCGGCGGAGAAAGGAUGGCGUACUUCGUGGAGAGCUUCUGGGGAGAAAGGAACAAUGGCUUUGAUGUCCUCUAUCAUAAUAUGAAACAUGGACAUUUGUCAACAAAGGACUUAGCAGAUUUUAUUAGAGAAAGGGCUACAAUAGAGGAGACAUAUUCAAGGUCGAUGACAAAACUAGCCAAAUCAGCAAGCAAUUACACACAACUUGGGACAUUUGCACCAGUUUGGGAUGUUUUCAAAACCUCAACAGAAAAACUAGCAAGUUGUCACUUGGAUCUUGUGCGGAGAUUACAAGAGCUAAUAAAAGAAGUUCACAAGUAUGGAGAUGAACAGAUCAAAGCUUAUAAGAAGACUAAAGAAGAUGUUUCAGGAACUUUGGAAGCAGUGCAAAAUAUUCAAAGCAUCACUCAGGCCUUGCAGAAAUCAAAAGAAAACUAUAAUGCAAAGUGUGUGGAACAAGAACGCUUGAAAAAGGAAGGAGCAACACAGAAAGAAAUUGAAAAGGCAGCAGUUAAAUCUAAAAAAGCAACAGAUACCUAUAAACUGUAUGUGGAGAAGUAUGCUGCAUAUAAGUCUGAUUUUGAACUGAAAAUGACAGAAACAGCACAGAAAUUUCAAGACAUCGAAGAAAUGCACCUUCUUCGAAUGAAAGAGAUUAUACAGUCAUUGUCGAAUACCAUAAAAGAAAUUCAUUUACAAAUAGGAGAGGUGCAUGAAGAGUUUAUGAAUAACAUGACAAAUACUACAGUUGAGAGUUUAAUACAGAAAUUUGCUGAGUCAAAAGGAACUGGCAAGGAAAGACCUGGCCCUAUCGAGUUUGAAGAAUGUAACACAUCCAGUGUAGCUGAAGGAAUAAAACCACGGAAAAGGAAGCCUUUUGGUUUAUCAGGAAUUAUGAAAAAAGAAAAAGAUACUGAAUCUGUGGAGUGUCCAGAUGCAGACUCAGUUAACUUUCCUGAUGUAGAUGAUGAAGGAUACAGCAUUAAACCAGAAGCCACACAGGAUACCAAAGAGAACCAUUUCUAUUCAUCCAGUGAGUCUGACUCUGAAGAUGAUGAACCCAGGAGGUUCCAUGUGGAAAUAAAACCUGUCCAGCCAAAUAACAGUUCUCAAUACACUAUGCCUUCUUUGGAUGAAUUAAAAGUAUCCAUAGGGAACAUCACUCUUUCUCCAGCAAUAUCUCAGAGGCACAGUCCUGCACAAAUGAAUCAAAAUUCAUCCAGUGAAGAGUUAACAAAAUCAAAACUUUCUGCUCCAAUUACUGAAAAGGGGAACAGUGACUUCCUGGCAUGGGAUCCACUCUUCAGCACUUCUCUUGAAUCUUCCUCUUCAGCUUCUUUGGCAUCCUCAUCUUCCUCAGCAAGGCCCACCACUCCUCUUUCUGUGGGCACCAUUGUACCCCCUCCAAGGCCUGCUUCAAGACCAAAGCUGUCUACUGGGAAACUUAGUGGGAUUAAUGAAAUACCUAGGCCAUUCAGCCCUCCACUGACCUCUAACUCAAGUCCACCUCCAGCAGCUCCUUUGGCACGUGCAGAGAGCAUUUCUUCUAUAUCCUCUUCUGCCUCCCUCAGUGCAGCAAACACACCUACAGUUGGUGUUUCACGUGGUCCCAGCCCCGUCAGCCUUGGAAACCAGGACACCUUGCCUGUUGCAGUAGCUCUUACUGAAUCUGUUAACGCCUACUUUAAAGGAGCAGAUCCCACAAAAUGCAUCGUGAAGAUUACUGGUGAUAUGACAAUAUCAUUCCCAAGUGGGAUUAUUAAAGUCUUCACCAGCAACCCAUCUCCUGCUGUGCUCUGCUUCAGGGUGAAAAACACAAGCAAACUAGAACAGAUUCUUCCAAAUACACAGCUUGUAUACAGUGAUCAGUCACAAAGUGACUCCAAUACUAAAGACUUUUGGAUGAACAUGCAAGCUAUAACUGUCUACCUCAAGAAAUUAUCAGAGCAGAAUCCAUCUGCAUCCUAUUACAACGUGGAUGUUUUAAAGUAUCAGGUAUCUUCAAAUGGCAUACAGUCCACUCCCUUGAAUCUUGCAACUUAUUGGAAAUGUGAUGCUAACACUACUGAUGUGAGAGUGGAUUAUAAAUACAAUCCUGAGUCUAUGAAUGUGCCUAGUAUGCUGUCUAAUGUCCAGGUUGUGGUACCAGUAGAUGGAGGAGUGAUAAACAUGCAGUCACUUCCACCUGCAAAAUGGAAUGCAGACCAGAUGAAAGCAUAUUGGAAAAUAUCUAGCAUUUCAGAGAAGUCUGAGAAUGGAGGUUCUGGAUCCCUCAGAGCAAAAUUUGAGCUUUCAGGAGGACCCAGUAAACCAGCAACACUUGCAGUGCAAUUCAUCAGUGAAGGAAGCACCCUUUCAGGAGCAGAUGUGGAACUCGUAGGCACUGGCUAUCGGCUUUCCCUUCUUAAGAAGAGAUUUGCCACUGGACGGUAUAUGGCAGACUGUUGAUGUACCUGUGAAAGUCAUUGGAUCAGGAGUGCAAGAAACACUUGCGACGAUAGGAACUCUGCCCUCUCUAUUUUUCAAACACUAUUUUAACAUGCAUUAAUUUUUAAAAAUAUUGACUUACUUUGAGGCUAAACUACAGAAAGUAAAUGCACUUUUAAGAGUCAUUUUGAAAACUUUUUAUUACUUUACAAUAGCACUGAAGUUAACUUCAACACUGUCUGUAGAUGAUCAACUGCAAUAUUUGGGAAAAUUUGUUGGAAAAUUAGUAACUUUAUAUAGAUGAAGUCAAAAUAGUAAUCCACAAUUGUAAUGGAAGUAUGAAAUUUUAUGUUGUACUGUAAACAUUAAACCUAAAAUGUAGAAGAUCUAGUAAGAAAUAUUUGAGCUUUUCAUAAGUAAUACUCAUUUUUCAGAUUCUUUAAUUGCCAAAUUUUAAUUGACAGUUUAUAAAGAUAGCAGAGGCUGUGUCUCGUGUAGUCCUUCUUUCCAUUCAUACCACAAGACCAGCUGAGUUAAAGAUAUAUAAAAGUAACUUGAUGCCCAUGUAUCAUAUAUUAUUAAAAUGUAAGUUGUUUCAUGUAGGUUUUUUUUAAAACUAAGUGCAAUGUGUUACAAAUUGCAAAACACAGCAGAGAUUUACUUCUGCAAUUAGUAAAAAUUUUGGUCCUUGUUAUUGUUUGAGUUAAUGCAGUAGAUUUAAUUUAUUUUUAUAUUAAUUGCAUAACAUUUGUGCCUUUUAAAAAUGCCUGUGCCUAUCCAGUCUGAUACUCAUGUGCCUCACUUCCUUUUUCAAAGUUUGGCUCUUCAUCAGGAAAGCAUGGCGUUUGUAUUAUGCACAGAACUUUAUAAAAAUUCUUCUUACUGCAAUUUAUUUAGAAGCAGGUUUGUAAAAACUGCAGUUUGUUUUAAAAGAAAUUUAAAACACUGAAUUAUUUCCUCGAUGAAUAAUUGCAAUUAAAUGUGGUUUUAGUAAAGGGAGCUGCAUCAUGCAGUACUCAGAAACUUUUUCAUUAAGUAAUUUUAAUGUCACCAAAGAGGAGAAUCUGAAAAAUCAGUGAGGAUAGGAAAAACAAACUUCUAAAAGCAAACAGCAUUAUUCUUUAGUUUGUCUAUAAGUCUUCAGAUUUCGAGUGGUUUUGGGGAUGUGUGAUGUGAAUGUACACAUAGUACUUCAGGAGGCAUUAUAAAGGAUAUUUUAUGGCUGCAGGAUGACAAAUCCUGUCAUAUGUUCAUUUUUUUUAUAGAUACCAAUUUUAAUAUUUGUAUUGUAAUCUAAUCUGCUUGCUACAGCCUAAGCACAGGGAAUUGACAUAUCAGUAACAGUCAUAUCAGUAAUUUUUUCAAGCAAGUCACUAAUUUAGAAAAUUUUCUAUGUAUUUGUAUUACAAAGCUUUUUUUGUAAUGUUGAAAUCAUAAGCAUUGGGGCAAAAUAAUUCAAUAACCUGCAUGUGGCGAUUUCAAAUGAACAUUUAGCAUACCAGCAUCUGUUUCAAAUUCUCUAUUAAAACAGUAAAACAUGCUUGAUUUAAUUAAUGAAAAGCCAGUAAUGAAUUGGACUGCUGAAGCUUUACAAGAAAUUAUGCCUUUGUAGAAGCUGCAUAAAUUGUUGUGUACACUAGACACUUUUGCCGGUGAGAAUUUCAUUUUUAGUACUAAGAAUAUAGUGUACUGUAGAUUUGAUUGGAAGAGUAUAUUUGGCUCCUAUAUUUUGCUAAUCUUAUUGAUGAUAAAUUUACAACUCAUAAAAGGGUGGUCUUUUUAUUGGAAUUUUAAUUGUAACCUGCUUUACAAUCAAACUGAUUAACACACAACAAUAUUUUAUUAAUGAAAACCCAAACCUAUUAUUGCUAUUUUUAAUCAAGUAUUACAUUAAUUUCUAAGUUAAAUGAAGUAGUUAAUGUUUCAGCACUUUUAAACUAGCCUUCAUUCAGGUGUUUUUCAUACAUUUGCUUUGGGUGCAGGUUACAAUUUUGAAGCCAUACAAGUUUAUAUAGACAUUUUGUAAAGAAACUCAAAAACAAUGUAAAAAGUAUGUGUGGCUAUCUGAUUUAAAAUAAAAAAAAACUUACGUAGCAAGCUGGUUCUUGCUUGUGUAUACAGCAAUGUCCCUUGUAGCUGCCUCCUAAGAAAAUUAAUUUGUAAACACAACUCUAAAGGAUCUGAAUUUUUAUGAAUUGUUACUGCGUUAGACUGUAAAUUAGAGCAUACAAGUUUAUCUUUCAAAAAUUGUAAAUACUCUGAAUUUUCAUAAAAUGUAAAUUUUUAAAAUUUGCACCCAUAAUAAACAUGUAAUAUAUAAUUUAAAUACUGAUUUAUAUUGCCUGUACUUUUGCAGUUAAGUUCCACAGACCUUUUAAGGAAUAAGGUUAUAGAGAAAAACAUGCCUGUACUGAACAUUUGAAAAGAUUGAUUUUUAAGUGAUAAAGGGUAGAGAUCAUAAUGAAUUCUUUCGUAUAUUUAAAAUCAUCACAGAGAAGGUGGAUGGAAAGAUGACUUCUUCAGAACAUUUCAUCUUUACUAAACUGUAAUGUCUGAGAUGUCUGUAGUGCCCUAUACCUUUACUAAAUUGAUUUGCUUCACAAAUAAAUUAGAUUAGGCAAAGUUGUGGAUAUGUUUAUGAGAAAAGUCUUGAUUCAUGGACAUGAGCUGCUGUCUGUAAAUAGUGCUAUCAAAUGCUGUACAUUAUGUCUUUGUUUAUGAGCCUAUAUCGUGUUGUGUGUGCAGAAGAAGAAUUAGUGACAUAAUUAAAGUAAUUCCUUCUGA